ACAACAGUGUAGAAUGGGACUGGAUAUUUAAACCGAGGCAGCAGCGGCGAGUCGGGGCAAUUUAUAGAGGGAUGGCCAGAAAAUAAAAAGGUGUCCUGGCCUUUAGAUUCACCCAAGAAUGCCACUAGUGAAGAGGAACAUUGAGCCCAGGCACCUGUGUCAUACGGUGCUGCCUAGAGGCAUCAAGAAUGAGCUGGAAUGUGUGACUAACGUGUCACUGGCAAAUAUAAUACGGCAGCUCAGCAGCCUGAGUAAAUAUGCAGAAGACGUGUUCGGGGAGCUGUUUAAUGAGGCCCACGCAUUCUCAUUCCGGGUGAACUCUCUACAGGAGCGCGUGGACAGCCUCUCCGUCAGUGUCACACAGCUGGACCCCAAGGAGGAAGAGCUUUCCCUGCAAGAUAUCACCAUGAGAAAGGCCUUCAAAAGCUCCACUAUCCAAGACCAGCAGCUCUUUGACCGCAGGACAUUGCCUAUUCCACUGCAGGAAACAUACGACCUGUGUGAACAGCCCCCACCACUCAACAUACUAACACCUUACAGGGAUGAUGGCAAGGAGGGUUUGAAGUUUUACACAAACCCAUCUUAUUUCUUCGACCUAUGGAGGGAGAAAAUGUUGCAAGAUACAGAGGACAAGAGGAAAGAGAAAAGAAAGCAGAAGCUGAAAAACAUAGAUCGUCCUCAAGAGCCUGAGAAAGUGCCCAGGGCUCCUCAUGACAGGCGUAAAGAGUGGCAGAAGCUGGCCCUCGGACCCGAGCUAGCAGAGGAUGAGUCGGACGACCCCCACAAACAGAGAGAGCUCGCCAACGGCACAGCAACAUACUGUGAUGCAAGGCAACCUGUUUACAUGGAUCCUAUAGAUGGACCCUUUUCGCUGGCAGCGUUACCUUACAGUCAGAUGAAUGAGCUCCUGAACAGAACCGGGGACAGGAUGUGCGUCAGACCACAUGAGCCUCCACCACCUCCACCAAUGCACGGAGGAGGAGACCUCAAAGCACCCUCGAUUAUCAGCUCUAGUUCCGGAUUGACAGACAGUCGCCCCCAGUCUCCAGCAAGAACACCAGUGUUCCUAAACCCCUCUGCACACCCUCCUCCCCCACCACCCUUACCCCCCUCCACCACCCCCACUUCCACUAAACUUACCCUCCUCAGGGAUGCGGGCACCCCACCUCCCCCCGUCCCCCCUCCUCCUCCCAUGCAUCCACCUGCCAUCCCCCCUCCACCUGCCCCUCUCCAAGUGGUCCUUCACCCUGCCCCUCCACGGGUUGCCCCACCUCUGCCCAGCCCGCCUCCCCCGCACGGGUGUCCCACAAGCUCCGGAGAAGUGGGGCCCCUUCACCCCCCGACAGAGAGCCAGGUCCUCCCUCCCCCACCCCCGCCCCCACCACUGCCCUUACCGGGGCUCAGGUCUGCUUCUCCUUCUCUCGCUCCUCCUCCCCCCGGGCCGCCCCCUGUGCCUUCCUUCAUGUUAGCCGCCAACCUUUCCUCCGAAUCCAAGCGUCACCCCUCCAACCUUCCGGUCAUCACCGAUGCCAGGAGCGUGCUUCUGGAAGCAAUCCGCAAAGGUAUUCAGCUUCGAAAAGUGGAGGAGCAGCGGGAACAAGAGGCGAAGCACGAUCGCGUGGGUAACGAUGUGGCCACCAUCCUGUCACGCCGCAUUGCUGUGGAGUACAGCGAUUCGGAGGAUGACUCAGAAUUUGACGAGGUUGACUGGCUGGAGUAAAACCUGGAUGUAUUCCUCUUUUUCACUAUAACUGAUAAGUGCUGUCAUCCAUAUGUGGUUCUCGUUUGGGGGGAAAAAAAAGAUUUGACAGUCAUUUGUUUUUGCAACUGUUUUGUACUCAUUUUCUACACUACAUCUUUAAAAGUUUCUUAUUUUUUUCAAUGAUAAGAAUCUUCCAGAUUACAUAUUUUAAAAAUAAUAGUAAAUAAAAUUAAAUUUUUACUGUGACUUUUGUGGGAGGGGAAAAAAUAAAUCUAAAAAACUGUUGCCGUUAAGUAUUAGUGGGAGUUUGUAUGCAUUAUCUUUUGAAGUCAGUUCUUUUACCACAGUGCCCUUUCCUGGAAAAACACAGAACUAUUGCAUUUUUUUUUUUUUUUUAUUCCAUUUUCUAAUGGCCAGUAGUUUCUGGCGCAAGCUGGAUUGAGGAUUUACUAGACUUGAAUAUUUUGCAUGAGCAGCUAACAUACAUAAUGUAUUGACUGGUUGUUUAAUUGUAUGCGCACUUUGUGAAUACUGACUUGAAGAAUCCGUAUAAGACUACAAGCCUUGAGGCAGCUUUUUAUAACAUUACCACUGCUAAGCAAUGUGAGUCUUAUGCCUUCUUGGAUCAUAUGUCUGCUGCGAUUACAAACUGAAAGAGAUAUACUGCCUAGAUUUUAAUCCUGGGAAGGACGCCCUUACUCUAGACUGCCUGUUUUCAAAAAAAUAUAUUGUUGUUAUUUUCGUAUACUAUGCUGCAUAGUUAUUUUUUUAUUUCAUUUUAUCGUUGUUUUCAUUUCUGUUCAUGAAUGUCCUGUGCUGUACUACUUUGCCUGCACUCUAAGUAUUAGCUGUUUCUGCGUCAAAACAACUGAUUUGAAUAUACUGUGUAACUUAUGUAACUGUUUACC